AUGAAACUACGCGGCAGAGAAGAGGAAGAUCCCGCGUCUUCUUUUAACCCAGAAGACAUCGAGAUUACCGCAGAAGAUUUACCUGCCCUCGCUGCGAAGGAUGAACUCCGCAACCUGGGUUACAUGCCUGACCAAAGUCCACUUUUUGGAAAGGCCGUUCCAACGCGCUACCUGGAAGUCACCAAUUUCAGUUACUAUGCCUUGUACCCGCCGAUCUUUUCUCGUGAUUAUGCGGCUUGGUGGUCCGACCGAGCAAGUGGGAAGCCACUCACACCGGAGUUUACAUGUCUUCUCAUUCGUGUUUGCGCCUGUUCAUCUCAAUAUCUGAACUCUGAGAUUCAAACAAGACUGGAGUCAGAACUCGGAGAGUCUGUCCAAAGUCUAUCAGAAAGCUACCACCACGCUGCGAAACAGCUAAGCAAUACGAUCGCCCCUGGGAAAGGAGGUCUAGCGCAAAUCCAGCAAUUAUUCCUGACCGCAGCCUGGUUCAAGUCUGAAUCUCUUUUUGUCGAAUCCUGGCAUGCUUUGAGUUCUUGUAUUCAUGAAGCACAAGAACUCGGCAUGCAUAAAAAGGUCCAAAAGCCAGGGUUAUCUGAAUUUGAAAUAGAGAUGAGAAGACGGCUUUGGUGUCUACUAUACACAUGGGACUGGCAAAUGUCUAUGUUGCUGUCUCGCCCCCUCAUCAUUAACCCAGCCGCUUGCUCCUACGAGCUACCAAAUAUGAAGUUGGAGACCUUGGAUCCCGCAACUGGCCCGCCUUCUCCAGUAUCCCACAUUGCAUCCCAAUGCGAACUAGGUCAAAUGAUCACAAGAGACCUUACAGCAAUGGGAGGCACGACUGAUGUUAUUGAAACCGAUUCUAUCAAAUCAGAUAUAGAAACGUGGAUAGAUUCAUUGCCAGCAGCCUAUCAAGAAAACAACCCAGACACCCGGUGGGACGAAGAACAUAUAUACGUGCCUCUCCAGCGUCGCCAACUACAUGCCAUAGGAUAUAUGACCAUGCUGUUGCCCUUCAAAGGGUAUCUCGUCAAGACGUUUGACUCUCAGGCUUCUGACGUGGAUAGAGCUCGCCGAGCAUCUGCGAUCGAAAUUGCCCUUCAUCUAAUGAAAGUGUCGCAUCGACUUUUUGACCAUGUGUUCCCAGUAAACGCCAAGUUUCACCUGGUUACGUUCUUGAUAUUUGACACUGCGGCUUUCCUUUGCUCUGCUAUAAUCCACGACAAAGAUCGCAGUCUUCCACAACGAGAAAAUGCUUUUCAAGCAAUUAAGCUCGCAUGCUCCCUCAUGGGUCAGCUCGCCUCGGUUACAAAAACAGGCGCGAUCUGCUACCCAGUUCUCAACAGGCUCGCUAAAAGUCUAUCACCGAACAUAACGGCUUCGGUGAAUGGUACUACCACCGGGGAUAUAUCGAAUGCUGGAACAAUGACCUUUGACUCUUCGCCAGACUUCGACUUUCUUGAUGCCGAUAACCCAGAAUCACUGUCUUUAUCCUUGGGGCUCAUGCCUGCCAAUGGCAUGUUCUUACCUAGUUCGGCAGAUCUGGACUUUCCGAUGGCCGGCAUGGAAAUACCACCUAUUAUGAGUGUUGGUGAUUUCUCCAAUAUGGAUGUUGGUCAAUUUGAUCAGAUUUGGGACUGGCAAAAUCUGGACUUGACUUUACUGCCCCUUCCUCAUACAAAAUAA